ACUCUGUCAUCCAGACUGGAGUGCAGUGGCACCAUCUUGGCUCACUGCAACGUCCGCCUCCUAGGUUCAAGUGAUUCUCCUGUCUCAGCCUCCCGAGUAGCUGGGAUUACAGGUGCUUGCCACCACGCCCGGCUAAUUUUUAUAUUUUUAGUAGAGACAGGGAUUCACCAUGGUGGCCAGGCUGGUCUUGAACUCGACCUCAAAUGAUCCACCCGUCUCGGCCUCCCAAACUGCUGGGAUUACAGGCGUGAGCCACCGCGCCCGGCCCCAGCGUCCAAUUUUCAAAGCCCCUCUGCUCAGCUUCCAGAGAUCCCAAGAAACUCUUAAGUGGGAGUAUCUCGUAUCCGCACGAUGCGACCGGUCACAAAACACGCGACCCGAGACACUGGAAGUGGAGGCUUCUCGAUGGACCAAGCUGCGCGGUUUUCAUACCGACCCGCGGCCAGGCUGUAAGAUAGGUGGCCGGCCACAGACAAUCACUGCCACCUUGGACAGGGACCCGUGAGCUGACGGCCAUUAAGCUUCAUAAACUGGUCCAAAUCCAGCGGACCGCUACUGCCGGAAACGGAAAGUCCUCAAGGGCGGGUGUUGGAAGCGGAGCGGAAGCGGAAGGCGGGUACCGGAAACGGUGUUUGGUGGCGCCUGCCAUGGCCGAAGCUGCGUCUGUCGCGGCUGAAUCUCUCGCGGGCAGCAGGGCGCGCGCUGCACGCACAGUACUAGGUCAGGUGGUGCUCCCGGGUGAGGAGCUGCUCCUGCCGGAACAGGAGGACGCGGAAGGCCCUGGGGGUGCAGGGGAGCGACCGUUGAGCCUGAAUGCUGGAGCGCGCCCGCGGAUGCGCGUUGUAUGCGGUCCGGGCCUUCGGCGCUGUGGGGACCGCCUGCUGGUCACCAAGUGCGGCCGCCUCCGUCACAAGGACCCCGGCAGUGGCAGCGGCGGCGGUGUUUACUGGGUGGACUCUCAGCAGAAGCGGUAUGUUCCAGUAAAAGGAGACCAUGUGAUUGGCAUAGUGACAGCUAAAUCUGGAGAUAUAUUCAAAGUUGAUGUUGGAGGGAGUGAGCCAGCUUCUUUGUCUUACUUGUCAUUUGAAGGUGCAACUAAAAGAAACAGACCAAAUGUGCAGGUUGGAGAUCUCAUCUAUGGCCAAUUUGUGGUUGCUAAUAAAGACAUGGAACCAGAGAUGGUCUGUAUUGACAGCUGUGGACGAGCCAAUGGAAUGGGUGUCAUUGGACAGGAUGGUCUGCUUUUUAAAGUGACUCUGGGCUUAAUUAGAAAGCUAUUAGCUCCAGAUUGUGAAAUCAUACAGGAAGUGGGAAAACUCUAUCCACUGGAGAUAGUAUUUGGAAUGAAUGGAAGAAUAUGGGUUAAGGCAAAAACCAUCCAGCAGACUUUAAUUUUGGCAAACAUUUUAGAAGCUUGUGAACACAUGACGUCAGAUCAAAGAAAACAGAUCUUCUCCAGAUUGGCAGAAAGUUGAUACAGGUGGACUUUUUUACAGGUCAGUUGAGGCAAAAAAAUAUGGGUUUUUUUGGGUGAACCUCCCCCAUUUAAAUACUCAGAAGAUAAGGUGUGAAUGUACGUAUUAUCUUAUUAGAGUCCUAAAGUAUUUUUAUAAGUUACUGGUUUUCACCCAUGCUUUCGUGGGAGAGAAAAUCAUUGCAAAAUCUUUUUUGUUUGGUACAAUAAAGUUUACUAAACAGUAUUAGGGUUUAUUUGGAGUUAACUCCCUUAGUAAUUGCCACAGCUUCCAUAAUUAACUGGAGGUCAGCAGUAAAAUAAUUUUCUGAUUAUAACAGUAAGCCAGGUUCACCAGAGGAAAUGUAGAGUACAUAAGUAUAAAGCAGCAAAGAAAUGUCACCUGUAGUCCCAUUAUUCAGCAGGUGAGUAUGUAACGAAAUACCGUGUUUUUCAUUUACCAAGUAUUGUGUUUUGCAUGGAUUAAACUCCUUUAUUCUUACUAACUGCAGAAGACACUUAUCCUCAUAAUUGAAACUGAGGCACAGAGUUUAACUUGGCCUGCAUUCUCUAUGUUCAUCAAAUUGAAAUUAUAGUUAUAGCUUAUAUGCUACUUUGUAAUAUACUUUUGUCUACUUCAAACAGCAUGAUACAUUUCACAACUUCCAUUAAAAAUUCAUUAGUCACAUAUUUCAUGUUACAUAUUUUUGAUAUAGUUUUAUCAUUAUAUAAAUUAACACUAUGAGGAUUUCUGAAUCCCAAUCUGGCCAAGUCUUAUUUUGCUAAAAUCAUUUCCUAGGAGCUAAGCAUAGAAAACUCUUCUAUGCUAUUUAGUAUAUUAACUAAAACCUUUAGAGGUUUUAAAAAAAAAAAAAAAAACUGCCAGGUGAUCCACAUCAGUGAUUCUUGGUUUCUAGACAUCUGAGAAUAUGUGAGAUACAGAACCCCUGAAGCCUAUCCAUAGAAAGUCCUUUUUGGAUCAAAGAGAUUCUAGAAGUCAUUGUUUAUCUAUUUGUUGAUAAAGACCAAGGAGCUUUGUGUGUUUCUAAUGAUGUUUUUUUUCUAAGGACUGGACUUUUUAUUUCAAUAGCUUUUAGGGGAACAAGUGGUUUUGGAUUACAUGGAUGAAUUGUAUAGUGGUGAAGUCUGAAAUUUUGGUGUACCAGUCACCUGAGUACUAUAUGUUGUACCCAGUAUGUAGUUUUUUAUCCUUCUCCGUUCUGGGUCUCCAGUGUCUGUUACACCACUGUGUGCUUACCUGUAGCUUAGCUCCCACUUACAAGUGGGAACAUUUGGUAUUUGGUUUUCCAUUCCUGAGUUACUUCACUAAGAAUAAUAGCUUCCAAUACUAUCCAAGUUGCUGCAAAAGACGUUUUUUAUGGCUGAGUAAUAUUCCACAGGAUAUAUAUAUACUUUAUCCAUUCAUUGGUUGAUAGGUACUUAGGUUGGUCCCAUAUCAUCUUUUAUUAUGAACUGUCUAGCCAGUUUUUAAAUAGAAAGGCACUGAUAUAAUUAGGUGAACGCAGUUCCUUAGGAAUUAAAUUGUGAAGGGGAGGGGACAGAGCAGAGAAGUAAUCUAUUGGUUGAGGUAUUGAAUAUAUUUCCCGAAUUUCCUAGCUGCUUAACUAGCAAGUUAACCCAAACUGUCAAGAGUAACUGAAGCAAAUAUGUCCAACUGGGACAUAAGGAACAUGAGAUUUGUGUAAUAAGUAGGUUAUCUAACAUGAUCAUGUGUCUAACACUUUCUAGCUAUUUUCAAGACAGACUUUUAUCAAUACUGUGUUUGCUUUACAAUUUAAUCUGUUACAAAUACAUAUGAAGAAUCUAGUUGGUACCAGGUUCAGGGAGGAUAGAAAGAUAGGUACACAGAUUUGUUCUGUUAGGAUCCUACUAUUAGGAAGGAUUAGAAAGAGAAGCCCUCUGUGCCCAUACUCUGCAAGGGAGAACAGGGUAAGAGCCACAGGAGGGAACAAAAUGCUAUGGGGACUCAGUAGGGAUAGGUCAGAACAGGCUGGAUCCUGCAAAGCUUAUUCCAAGCUGGGCAGCAACGAGCAUGAUCAGACAAGGCUGGAGAAAGUCAUACAAUUUUAUGAUGCCAGUUUGGUGAAUAUUAAACUCUUGAUAUAACCAUUUAAACAAUUUUAAGACGUCUCUCACAAAUAGAUGUACAAAAGUUGAAUUAGCACAUCCAAAGCCAUGUGGUUUUGAGGCUAAUUCCUUGUUACAUAAAUUUUUUUUCUUUUUCUUCAGAGUCUUGCUUUGUCGCCCAGGCUGGAGUGCAGUGGCACGAUCUCGGCUCACUGCAACCUCCGCCUCCUGGGUUCAAGCGAUUCUCCUGCCUCAGCCUCCCGAGUAGCUGAGACUACAGGCAUGCACCACCAUGCCCAGCUAAUUUUUGUAUUUUUAGUAGAGACGGGGUUUCAAUGUGAUCCACCCGCCUCAGCCUCCCAAAGUGCUGGGAUUACAGGCAUGAGCGACUGCACCCACCACAUUAACUUUUUAUUAACAUAUCUGAGCACUUCCUGUGAGCCAGGCACUAUGGGAGAUUAAAAAGCAUUAAAUUGUGGUCCCUGACAUUAGCUUAUUGUGAAGCUCUGAGACGAUGUCGUGCAAAGACAUGUGCCUAUGUGCCACUGCCAUCCUCUGCCCUGCUCUUUGGUCAAGGUACCUCCAAGCACCUCACUCCUGCAGCUGCAUAUUUUUUUUUUUUUUUUUUUUUUUUUUUUUUUUUUUUUUUUUUUUUUUUGAGAUGGAGUCUUGCUCUUGUCACCCAGGCUGGAGUGCACUGGUGAAAUCUCAGCUCACUGCAGCCAUCACCUCCUGAGUUCAAGUGAUUCUCCCACCUCAGGCUCCCAAGUAGCUGGGACUACAGGUGUGCACCACCACACCUGGCUAGUUUUUGUAUUUUCAGUAGAGAAGGGUUUCACCAUGUUGGCCAGGCUGGUUGUGAACUCCUGACCUCAGGUGAUCUGCCCACUUCAGUCUACCAAAGUGUUGGCAUUACGGCGUGAGCACCUGGCCACGCAGCUGCAAUCUUAGGCCCAUCAUUCCACUGAGUUCCGAAGAACAUAGCCUUUUCCUGAAGAAACUCCUUUCUUCAACGCUUCAGGCCAGUUGUGAGUCUCUAAGUAAGUGGACAGGAUAUCAAACACUGUUAGAGAGUAAACAGAAAACACAGUGACCACAGAGGAAAAAAAGAACGAGUAAAUGAAAAGGAUGUUCUGUAAUAUUUCAUUCAACAAACCUAUUCUGCACCAUAUGUGGUACACUUAGAUCUUGCGGGGAGAGAGGCAAGGACACAGGCUCUGACUGCUCUCAAGGACCUCAGCCUACCCUGAAAGAUACAGGCCUGUGAAUGGACAGGGUGCAACAGAGAGGAACACAGUAAAAUGGGAACACAAAAGGGCUCUGCCAUGGCCUGGAAUGGGGAAGGGCCGAGAUGCUCCUGAACUGAAACCUGAAGAUCAAACAGGAAUUCAGUGGUCAGUGAGAGAUUAAAAGCUGGGCAUUCUAGAUGAAGGGGACAAUUUUUUUUUUUUUUGAGGUAGAGUUGCACUCUCGUUGCUCAGGCUGGAGUGCAAUGGCACAAUCUCUGCGCCUCCCAGGUUCAAGCAGUUGUUCUUCCUCAGCCUCCAGAUUAGCUGGGAUUACAGGCACCCGCCACCACGCCCCACUAAUUUUUGUAUUUUUAGUAGAGAUGGAGUUUCUCCAUGUUGGUCAGGCUGGUCUCGACCUCAGGUGAUCCCACCCACCUCAGCCUCCCAAAGUGCUGGGAUUACAGGCGUGAGCCACUGCGCCCAGCUUUUUUUUUUUGUUUUUGAGACAGAGUAUCACUCUGUCACCCAGGCUGGAAUGCAGUGGUGUGAUCUCGGCUCACUGCAACCUCCACCUCCCAGGUUCAAGCAGUUCUCAUGCCUCAGCCUCUGGAGUAACUAGGAUUACAGGUGUGCACCAUGACGCCUGACUGAUUUUUGUAUUUUAGUAGGGAUGGGGUUUCACCAUGUUGGCCAGGCUGGUUUUGAACUCCUAACCUCAGGUGAUCCGCCCACCUCGGCCUCCCAAAGUGCUAGGAUUACAGGUGUGAGCCACCACGCCUGGCCAAGGGGACAAUUUCAACUCUCUUUCACAUAGUUGGUGACAAGGAAGAAAACAAAGAAUGCCUCUUAGUGGCCAGAAUGCAUAUCAUGACGUACAUGCAAUAAAAUCCACACACAUUAGUCACAGAGGAGACUGACUCAAAGGCCACUUAAACACAAUGCAAAGCAGCAGCACCAGAACUCACACACCCUGGAUGGGGGCUAUGUAAGAAGUACCUUGAUUGAUGGCCAGUAUCUCUGAAUGAUAGUUUUUCCCAUUCUGGUUUCUGACCAUGUAUUCCUGGAUUGGCAAGCGUGCGGUCUUGACAGAGUAUUCCCGGGCCUUUUGAAAUGUCACCUUCUGUAAAUAUACAGUUAAAUAUUUUUCUUAUAAAAAUUAUACAUGAGUAUAUUCUCAAUGUAAUACAUACAGCAUUAAAAAUAAGUAGCCUAUUGUGGAAUGGAAGAAACUGCAGAUAAUGAGUUAACUGUCGUCUCAAGAGCUUAUGUGACAAUAUCUUACUUUUGGGGGGCUCACUUAUCCACAGUCCACUCACUACCACUUAGAACCAAGAGGGAAAUAAGCAAAAGAGGCACAUCUGCAGCUACAGUAGGCAUCAAAAGGCCCAAGCAGUCUAAUCAAUCAGAGCACAUUCUGAGCCCUAACUCAGUAAGACCCAAUUCUGGAUGUCUGGAAGUUCCAAGCUCAUUGCCAAAAGGCAGCAUCAAAUUACAGGAAAAGGUAGACAAGAUUCAAGACAGGUGCACCACUGCAACAAGUGGCAUUAAGGUGUGAAAAGAGAGAGCCCAAUUAAAAGAAAGGGGCCAGGUGAAGUGCCUCACACAACACUUUGAGGCCAAGGCCAGAGGACUGCUUGAGCCCAGGAGUUCAAGACCAGCCUGAGCAACAUAGGGAGACCCUGUCUCUACAAAUAACAAAAAAAAAUUAACAGGGUGUGCUGGUGUGUGCCUGUAGUCCCAGCUACUCUGGAGGCUGAAGUUGGAUGAUCACUUGAGCCUGGGGCAUAUAUCAAAGGCUGCAAUGAGCUGUGACUGCCCCACUGCACUCCAGCCUGGGUGACAGAGGAGACCUGUCUCAAAAAUAAAAAUAAAAGGAAGGGCUCUGAAAACUGCUAAAAGAAGUCCAUCAACUUGAGGCCAUUUAGUGUCGGAGUACAGAAACUGAUGUCCCUUUAUAAGAUAUGUUCCUCAGUCAUGAAGUCCCUCAGACUGAGUCAUGACUCAGUCAAAUUACAUUUGCUGCCUUGUAAGAAGCACAAGAAAGAUUUUCUACCUAAGACUUCAGGAUUAAAGAGGAAGGUUCAGAUUACUGGGAUAAUUAACAUGCCAAGGCUUGGAAGGGGUCUCAAUAAUGUUAACUAUAUCACUCUAACCACCCAUUCAUUGUUUGUUCUCUAUGACUUCUCCAAGAGGCCAUGUGGCCACUCAAUGGACAGCUCUUGUGACAGGGAGUUCAUGCAUCCUGGGACAACCCACUCCAACUUUGAUAGUACCAGCUGAUAAGAAAUUCUUCUUGAUCUUGAGCAAAAUUCUGUUUUCUCUGAGACUUCCACUCAUUCAUCCUAGGUCUAUUCCCCCAAAGCCAGACCAUGCAAGUAAGAUGGCCCUUCCAAAAGAUGGCCAAUUCAGAAACUUGAAGGCAGUGAUCAUGCCCCUAGGAAUCCUCUGGUCUCCAGAUUGUAGCCUCAGUUCUGUCAACUCUUCUUUGACUAUGACUUAGUUUCAAAGUCGCUUCAUCACUCAGGGCAAGUUCUUCUGAACUUGUUCUAAGCUAGUCAGUAUCAUUUUGUUUAUGGUCCCAUAACUGACUGGCCAUCAUGAGUGUGGUCUAACCAGGUGGAAUAGUGUGAAGCAGACCUAGUACCUUUUCGGUGCUGACACCUGCCUCUCACUCACAUGAAACAAAAUUUUAGAUAGAACUUCCAAAAAUGUUUUAAGUGAUGCAAGAUAAGGACUUAUUUGAAAGGAUAAAACUCCUUUGCAUAUAUGAGCUAUGAUACGUUUGUUUUGUAAAAAGUCUUAUUCCUUUAUAAUCACUUUGAAGUAGAGUACAGAAUUCAAAAUUAGUAGGAUAUUUGGGUGUUGCCCUAGAAGAGCUUACAAUUUAGUUUAUGUUCUUUGCACAAUGAUUCAUAAUAAAAUGACUCUCCUUGAAGAAAUGUUG